AUGAGUAGCAGCGACUCGGAGGGGGGGAGGCUCCCCCUACUCCGUCAGAGGGACCCGUUAAGACCGAGGGGGUCCCUUAGGAGGACCCCACCAGGAGAGAGGCGCGCUAACCCGGGAUUGACUGGCACUGCACCGCCCGAGGCGCUGGAGAGGGCCCAAGCGGCCUUCGACGCGGUCAUAGCCGGAACAGCGCCGGGUAUCCCAACAAUAGAAGUGCGCGUGACGCCCGGUGGAACCACGAUGGUUCCGUCCGAGGUGCUAUUGAUUGCCCAAGCGGCCUACGACGCAGUCAUCGCCAGGACGCCCCCGGGCAUCCCUGGAUAUCCCCCGACCCCGACAUUCUCUCCCGCAUCAGUGCGGAGCCCAAGUCCCCCCCCGGCGCCUACUGAGCGCCAGCGCCCGGCGGCCGCGAAGCGGAUUCUGUCGCCGGAUGAACAGGCGAAUGCGGAUCCAAAGCGCCGCAGCGCCCGCGAUCUGUCGGUGGUCUGCGGCUCGUCCAAACUUCUUGCGCCCCCCACGCCAGCGACGGAGUACGGAUCGCCGUUCUCCUCUGGGGAUGACGGCUUCCUCCUCGGGGACAAAGAACUGGGCAAGGCAUCUGCGCGGCAGCUGCUCGCCAAGGCGGGCGCGGCAUGCCGUGGUAUAGAGGCGGUUGCGGGCGGGCAGGCGUCCCGCCUGAACAAGGCAGACUUGGCGGCUAUUAAUGCCCAGCUACGGAUAUUGAUGGAAAUCGUUGGGCACUGA